AUGCGGCGAGGCCAAUCCAGUCUACGCACCGCUCGGAGGCGCAAUGCUGCCGAGGAUGAAGAGGAGACGGGGAGCUACAGCGAGGCCGACCACGAGCAUGCCGUCAUCUCAACGUUUGACCUGUUCUCCAUCGGCAUCGGCCCGUCAUCUUCUCACACCGUUGGUCCGAUGCGUGCUGGCAACAUUUUUGUUGCUGAUUUGGCAGAGGCGAAUCUCUUGAACAAGGUCAACAAGAUUCGGGUUUCCAUUUAUGGCAGUCUGGCGCUCACCGGCGAGGGCCACAUGACACCCUCUGCCCUGUUGCUCGGUCUUGAGAGCGCGGAUGUCGAGACAGUCGACACGGCCUACGUUCCGGAGAGGUUCACUGAGAUCAAGAACACAAAGAAGUUAUUCCUAGGGCACGGACUGGCAGACGGCAAGGGUAAGGAGGUUGACUUCGACUACGAGCGUGACUUCGUCUGGGAAUGGGGCCGCAAGCUGCCAACACACAGUAACGGCAUGCGCUUCACAGUCUUCGAUGCGGAUGGGUACGUCUUGGCGACCAACGACAUGUUCAGCGUCGGCGGUGGCUUCGUUGUCAACGGCGCCUUGUCAAUCAACCCCGAUGUCUCAUCCUCAUCCUCAUCGUCCGUCGCCCGCGUGGACUCGCCCGACCCGUCAUCAGAGGAUACUGCUGGUAGACAUCCGGUGGAUCUGGCAGAGAACCUCUUCUACAAGGAGAUCAGACGAUCCGAUGCCGCGGGAGACCGUCGGACAGGCGCCGAAGUCAGGCCCGAAGUAACGGACGACACGGCUCUUUUGGGGAACUCAUCAGACAACCUUUCACCGGUUGCAUCUGAGGGAAAUGGUGUCAACAUCUCAGAAAAUCCCGAGAAUACGAGCGAGUCGGGCAGCCAGGGCCCUCGGUACCCGUUCCGAGACGCAACGAGCCUGCUCUCGCUCUGUCGCAAGCACAACCUCACAAUUGCUCAGCUCGUCUACGAAAAUGAAAAGAGCCACGGCUACACGGAUGAGGAAAUCUACCAUAAGCUUCUCAAGAUCUGGCAGGUGAUGGACACCAGCAUCUUGGAGAGCGUGCAGGCGCCGCUUGACACCAAGCUGCCGGGGUCCCUGAAGCUCCAUCGGCGCGCACCCGCACUCUAUCGGAGACUGACCCGAGGCUUGUAUUCCACCGCCGGCCAGACGUCGCCCAAUCCCAACGAGCAGAAGAGCGACGGCAAGAAUAUCCAGUUCAUUGGUUCCUCAGGGUUGGCAGCAUCCAACAAAACCCCUGCGACGAUUGGCGACAGUAAGUCUAAGACGAGCGUCGGCCUCGGCCCGGGCCGAAGGUCGCCUCCGCGCGUGCUGGGCUCCCUCGACCACCCCAUCACCCCGUCUCCCUCGCGCCGGACUACGUUCCCCACGAUGGACUAUCUCACGGUCUACGCUAUCGCGGUCAAUGAGACUAACGCAGCGGGCGGUCGCAUCGUGACGGCGCCUACCAACGGCGCUGCCGGUAUCAUCCCCGCCGUGCUGAAGUACACCAUCGAGUUCAUCAGCGACGACCCGGAACGGGAUAUCCCGACGUUCCUCCUGACUGCCGCUGCCAUCGGCAUGCUCUACAAGCGCGGCGCAACCAUCUCGGCGGCCGAGGGCGGGUGCAUGGCGGAGGUCGGCGUGGCUUGUUCCAUGGCCGCGGGCGCCUUCGCGGCGUGCAUGGGCGCGAGCCCCGAGGCCAUCGAGCAAGCUGCCGAGAUCGGCAUCGAGCACAACCUGGGUCUGACCUGCGAUCCCAUCGGCGGCCUCGUGCAGGCGCCGUGCAUCGAGCGUAACGCUCUGGGUGCCAUCAAGGCCAUCUCCAGCGCCAACCUCGCUCUGAGCAGCGAGACGGGCACGCAGAAGGUGAGGUUGGACGACGCCAUCCGCGCGAUGCGUCUGACCGCCAAGGGAAUGAGAAAUGAGUUCAAGGAGACUAGUUUGAGUGGUUUGGCGACGAGCGUGCCUUUCAACAUCCCAGUCAGUGUUCCUGACUGUUGA